GAUCAGCUAAUCCAGCUCAAGACAACUGAGAUGGCAAACAAGGACCUAGACAGAUAUUACAAUGCACUUGACAAGUGAGCUUUUCAACAAGUUUGACAUUUCAUUUCUUUUAGUAUUGCAUUUUUUUUACCUAAUUCAUUUAGGGGGAUACAUUCUUCAUUUAUUUGCUUAAUUUUGAAUUAUUUAAGAAUAUAUAUGUAUAUUUGUAUACGGUAUUUUAUGCGCCUAACAAAACAAUUAGUAUUUUCAGUAGUUUCUUAAGAUGUAAAGUUGUAAUAAUAAAUGAUUUACUUUGAGCACCUGGUAUGAAGGAAUUUGAGUCUUUUGAGACCUAUUAAAGUAGUGGAUUGGCCUAUGGUUGCACAAACCAUGAGAUCUUGUUGAUGCUUCCACUUGUCAUUUUUCAUGGAAAACACUCAUCUUUCUUUUUGAAAUUAUUCACAGAUUUUGUGUUAACAUUUUACUUCAGUUGCUUGAGUGCUUGUUCCAAUAUGAGCCUUGAUACCCUUUGAUCUGUCUUAUUUAGAGCACUCAUGCGCUUCCACACAAUGAAAAUGGAAGAAAUAAAUAAGAUUAUAAGAGAAUUAUGGCAGCAGACAUACAGGGGACAGGAUAUAGAUUACAUAAGCAUUCAUUCAGAUUCUGAAGGUGCUGGUACUCGAUCUUACAGUUAUAAGGUUUUAAUGCAAACUGGUGAUGCAGAGCUGGAAAUGCGGGGAAGAUGCAGUGCUGGCCAAAAGGUCCUUGCCUCACUUAUCAUACGUCUUGCGUUAGCUGAAACUUUCUGCUUAAACUGUGGAAUACUUGCUCUUGAUGAGCCAACCACCAACUUAGAUGCCCCAAAUGCCGAGAGUCUUGCUGCAGCUCUUCUGAGAAUUAUGGAAGACAGAAAAGGCCAGGAGAAUUUUCAACUGAUAGUAAUCACACAUGAUGAGCGGUUUGCUCAAUUAAUUGGUCAACGCCAGCAUGCAGAAAAAUACUAUCGGGUUACAAAAGAUGACCACCAGCAUAGUAUAAUUGAAGCCCAGGAGAUAUUUGAUUGAUAGUUCAUUCAACUGAAUAUUAUUCUCCUCGGGUCUUAAUUCGGGUGGAGCUUCACACUAGGUGCUUUCUGAAAUCGGAACCAUGAACAAGAAAUCAUUGUGUUGUAUAAAAGAUUAUAGCUAUAGCUCAGCUCUUAAAGCGCCAUUCAAUAUAAUUUCUGAUAUUAUGAACACCGGGAAGGAGAUAUUGUGAGAGCUUUUGUAUGUAAAGUUGUUGAUUUGUAAUUCCAGAUCCUGUACUAAUUUUAUGAUUUGUGCAUUUUUAUGUUACUCUUUUUUUGAAGUGUUUGAGGCCUGUGAUGAACACAAUGCUUGGAGCACUUGAAUGGGUGUUUUGUUUUUUUAAAAUACUACUACAUAGAUACAGAGGCAUCAAUUCAUUCUUCAUGCAUGAAAGUGAGG